GGGCGGUGCCUGCGCGGCCCCCCGCGGCGGCGACGGAGCACUCCCUCCUUCGCUUGCUGCUUGCUGGUGGGUCGGCUGCGGGAGCCGGACGGGAGCGGUGCGGGGCUCGGCGGCUGCGGCGAAGGAGGAGGCGGAGAGAGAAGAGGACGAGGCUCGGGGGCGGCGGCCGAGGCAGAGGACCCUCGGCCCAGGCAGAACGCGGGCUCCAGGCUCCGGGCGGCCAAGGCGGCUGAGGCUGCCGCGCCGCUCUGGGUGUGGCCGGGCUGUCCGGGCCUCCGGCCCCGGGGCUAUGAGCCGCGAGCGCGCGAGCCCGAGCCGCAGCUAGAGGCCGCCCGGCGGCCAGGCGGCCGAGGAGGAGCCGCGCGGCCCAAGCAGCCAUCUUCAGCAGUAUUGUCUGUCACUAAGCGCAAGGCAAACACAGGCUUGGAAGAUGAGUGAGCUGGAGCAGUUACGGCAGGAAGCGGAGCAGCUUCGGGGUCAGAUCAAGGAUGCUAGGAAAGCAUGUGGUGACACAACACUCAGUCAGAUGACAACAAGUCUGGAUUCUGUGGGAAGAAUCCAGAUGCGAACACGGCGUACUCUUCGGGGUCACUUAGCUAAGAUUUAUGCCAUGCACUGGGGAUAUGAUUCAAGGCUACUAGUCAGUGCUUCCCAAGAUGGAAAACUAAUCAUUUGGGACAGCUAUACAACAAAUAAGAUGCAUGCCAUUCCUUUGAGAUCCUCCUGGGUGAUGACCUGUGCUUAUGCUCCCUCUGGUAAUUAUGUUGCUUGUGGUGGUUUGGACAACAUCUGUUCCAUCUACAACCUGAAAACUAGGGAAGGCAAUGUGAGAGUGAGCCGGGAGUUACCAGGUCACACAGGCUACUUGUCCUGCUGCCGUUUCUUAGAUGACAACCAAAUUGUUACAAGUUCAGGAGAUACAACUUGUGCUUUAUGGGACAUUGAAACUGGCCAACAGACCACCACAUUCACCGGACAUACUGGAGAUGUGAUGAGUCUCUCUCUAAGUCCUGACAUGAAAACUUUCGUUUCUGGUGCUUGUGAUGCCUCUUCUAAACUCUGGGAUAUCCGAGAUGGAAUGUGUAGGCAGUCUUUCAUUGGGCAUGUGUCAGAUAUUAAUGCUGUCUGUUUCUUUCCUAAUGGGCAUGCAUUUGCUACUGGCUCUGAUGAUGCCACUUGCCGGCUCUUUGACCUUCGUGCAGACCAAGAAUUGAUGAUGUAUUCUCACGAUAAUAUCAUCUGUGGAAUCACUUCUGUCGCCUUCUCAAAAAGUGGACGCCUCUUGCUAGCUGGUUACGAUGACUUUAAUUGUAACGUAUGGGACACAUUGAAAGGAGAACGUGCAGGUGUCCUUGCUGGCCAUGACAACCGUGUCAGCUGUUUAGGUGUUACUGAUGAUGGCAUGGCUGUAGCAACAGGAUCUUGGGACAGUUUUCUUAGAAUCUGGAAUUAACUGAGUUGUAAUAUGUUUUACGUUCUCCGCUGAGAUCUGGAGAGAUCAAUGCUGCAGCCUGUAGCUGUGAAAUAACAUUUCUACCUUGUAUUUGCAGGUGAAGUUUGGUUUUUUUUUUUCUAUUCACUAUUACACACACACACACACACACACACUCUCUCUCUCUCUCUCUCUCUCUCUCUCUCUCUCUCUCUCUCUCUCUCUCAUUCUCUGUCUCUGUCUCUCACAAAAAGGCUUUCUGUAAACUAGAAUAAAGUGAAGGGGGGGUUGGGGGGAGACCAGUGUAUAAAAUCAUGGUGACAGGAAAGUAAAUACAGACCCAGUUUUAUUUUGGGAAAUUUGGUUAGCUUGAUCUGAGGAAUUUCUGCUUGUGCUCAAAGUCUGCUAAUUCUAUAUUUUCCUGGUAUGGAACAGAAUGCACACACUAUUGCAGUCUCUCCUGUAACAUUCGUGUCUGUAAAAUAUGUUUGCGUUUUUUUUUUUUAAAAAAGAACUACAUUUAUAGCUUUGCAUCUUUCUGAAAUGUCUUAUUUCUGAGUUUUUUGGAGGAUGAAUCAAAUGAUAGCUUUGAAGAAGCUAGGGUCUUUGUGAACUUGCUUUAUGUGGGAAUGAUGCCAUGUCUUCUGAUGUGUGGUUGUGCCUAUGUGUGGGCACUACAGAAGGAUGACUUCCUUUUAUCUGUAAAAUGGGCCCCAGUGAUUCCAUUCUAUUACCUAGAGCCUUACUUCUUAGCCCCUUCCUCUUAAACCUUGAGGAUAAUAUUUUUCCCUUUGUGGUUUCUGGUGCAUCCUUUAACCCCAGAAUUAACUAAGUGCCCACAUUCAUUUGGGACAGAUGAACUAUGUAGAAUCCUGGAAGAAGUGCGCCCACACUUGCCAAAUAGCCAUUUUGUUUUCUAGGACUACACAAGAAAUUUUAGAAUUGACUGUUCAAAGACUAGGUAGUAGACAAAUGGCCAACAUUCUUUGCACAUUCUUCAAGGCAUUCAGUAAUACAAUGACACUAUGAGUGACGUGUCCCACUGUGAACUUAACCAAUUGAAUUUCAUUACACUGAGUUUUUAGGAUAUUUGGAAAAUUUUUCAGGUUGGAUUUUUUUUUUUUGGUUCUUUGCCUCAGAGAUUAAGAAUGAGUUGUUUUUCCUGUAAACCUGAGGAUAUUUCCCAGUAUUUCACCUGAGUAUAUAGGCCUGUUUUAUGUAUAGUUAAUGUAGUUAAGAUAGCACUGUGUUUUGAAUGAAGAGCAUUAUCCCUUGUCUGUAGGUCAGUAACCUUAUUUAAAACCUUAAGUCAACCAUGUUUCUACGAAUUUUAUGACCUCUUAAUUUAAAAUUUAGCUUGGUGAAAAUGGCUUGUGCCUUCACAUUUUAGUAGAUACCAGUGGUCUGUUAAAUUGAAACAUGAAUCACUUAUUUUGUCUAAUUAUUCCCUCUAGUGCCAAGUGUACAUUUCUUAAGCUAUUUUGCUAAUGAAAGUUUGCAUCUAAGCCAAGGGACCUUAAUAAGGGAACCAAUCUCAACAGAGUUUUAAGUAUGCUCAUGCAAUGGCUAAAUUUCCUUACCAGAGUUAUUUUUACUAGCAUUGGUUGUGCCACAAAAGUGGACUAUAAAAAUCAGUAGUCUUUCAGAAAAAUGUGCUUUCCAUCUUGGGUUCCCCUUAGAGUCAUUUAAUUGGUGACAUUGCAGUAAGUGUGGGGAAAUAUCCUGUUGAGUCAUUUUUGUGAACAUGAGCCCAAGAUUCUAUAAAUGUUCUAGACCACAGAUUAUUGCUGAAACCAACAUGAAAUUGUGAUUACUUGUCACUCCUAAUGUCAGCAGUUCCAAACUGUGCCUGUAAGUCUGUCUUGUUUACAAAUAAAGUGUGCCAACCACAACGAAUUCAGUAUCAGUUCUAUAUCAUGUGCUAGAAAGAACACACGUAAGGCCAAUUAGGGAGGUAUAGGACCAAAAUUAUUCUAUACUGUAGAUUAUAAGAACUCCUACAUUUUCAUUUUUGUGUGUGAUGACUUUUAUGUGCUGUACUAAUAAUGGAAUGUCUAUGAGUAUCUUCAUAAAGAGCAGCUCUUUGAGGUCGGGCAGAAUGUGGAUUUUAAAGAUGCAUACAGUAACUCUGAAAAAACAAAUUGUCAUUUGGUUCAAUAUCAUGAAAAAUGGCUAAAAAGCAUUUCUCCUGACAAGGGAAAAGAUCGUAACAAAAGAAUGAGAAGUGCUCGCCAGCAGUUUGGAGCUGCAUGCCAAUGGCCAUAAUUGUCUUUGGCACUUGGACAAGCCACAAGUGUUAUAAAGUCACCAACAAUUUUUUUAAGUGUUCACUUUAAUAUUGAAACAAUUUGAGUAGACCAGCUUGAAAUUGAUGAUCUGAGUUAUUAACAAGUAUGAAAAGUUUAUGCAUAUUAUUGAUGUCAAAAAGUCAUCUUUGUGCUGUGUUGAGUGACUGCCAGUUGUGUCUGAGGCUGUGUUUCAGUAAAUCUAAAAUACGUAGGCUGUCGGUUCCUUUGUUUCUAAGCACCGAAUGGCAUAGCUUGCCAGGUGCUAAAUUUAUCUGCAAAUUGGGAGUCUAGCAUGGUUGCCCAUCACUGAUUUCUGUUAUUCUGUUAGUAUUUAUAAAAUCAGCAAGAAGGUAUACACACAGGAAAUCUACUGUUGUAGAUCUUGAAAUUUGUCAAAAUCGAAACAAUGCCACUCAAGUUCCACUUAUAUUUGUAUCAAAAAUAGUAGCAAUUUGGGAUGCCUGUUAGUAGAAAUAACAAUUUUCCCCUAAUCCUAAAAUUUAUUCAGCUGUUUCUUACUGUACCUUUUCAGUGAUUGACAUUUGAGCAUAGUGCACUUUAUAAUACUUAUGGCAUAAUGAGGUUCCUAAAACUCCUUUAAAGAAGUUGCCUUUAUUUCUUCAUCUCCAAGAGAUUUCACUGAAGCUGUUUAGCAAAUGGCUCAGAUGACCUGGCCUGGUAAUUUGUGUCAUGUGAAGAUAAAUUUGUCUACAGAGAUUCAGAACUGUUGGGUUAUGACAAGCAGCCUGCAACAUCUGCUGCCUCCAGGAAGAGCUGCUCCAUCCAUGGUGACAGGAGGAAUCUAAGAUCGUGUCAUUUUCCUUAUUGGUAGUCAUGGAAUAUUGUGCGCCACAGUAAUACAAAAUAAACUUGAUUUGCUUCUUUGUGAUGUUUGAAGGGAACCCUUUCUGCUUUUUGAUGUGUGCCUCAUGGUUUAAAUAAGAAAUUUCAACUAUGGUUUGUAGGCUCAGAAUUCAUUUCUACAUGAAUUGGAACAAAAUGGAUUGAGUCAUCCCCUAAAUGGGACUAAAACAGUGAAGUUGUAAGCCUGAUUUUGAUGACUUAUGAAGGGCUUCUUUCUAGAAUUUUCCUGACAGAUGUUUUAGAAGACUGAGUGUAAGCAUGAAUGGUACAAGAGUAAUAUCUUAAACUUCUGUUUCUGACAUCCCAUUAAGAUAGUCAUGGAGUUAGCAAAGCCUUCUCAAGUUUGGAUUAGCAAUGCUGUAUGAACUUAGCAGAUCCUACGAUACAUUAUAACCUUUAAAAUUCAAAAAUGUACCACCACUUGUCCCAUUGUGACAUGUUUUAUGUUUAUAAGAGCAUGAAAAACAUCCCAUUAUUUUUCUCCCUUUGUUCAAAGGACAGUCAAUGCCACUAGAUUUUAGUGCUAUACUUUAAAAUACUGGUUAGAAUAGGUAUGAAUUAGUAAAAAACAAAUGCAUUACCUGCUGGGUUCUAUAGCAGGAUGACUGAUUUUAAGACCGCAUUUCAUGUAUAAAUUAAGCAAGCAUGGGCUGGUGGUCCACCUUGUAUUCAGUAAUCUGGCAUGCAUGCUGGUAAAAUUUCUUCCUACACUUUGGAGGCACCACGGGCCUUUUUAUCCAGUUGCUGGUUAUGUAAAAUACAUGCAGAAUGUUAAUGCAGUGUUGUAAUGGUAAAAAUGUGUAAAGUGUUACUAAUUGAUAUAACUGAUAACAGAUUAAAUGUGCCUGACAAAAUCUUGUACCAUACACAGUAUGUUAGGUUUUUGACUAAUAUGGACUUCAGUGGAAUAGUCUUUAGAUAUUUCAAGCCUUUGUUUUACUUACACAAUGGUGCUCUAUUCUGUGUUUUUUCUCCUUUCAAAGAGGCAUUCGAACACUUGUACUACAUAUUACAUCCAAAGGAGUCCAAAUGUAAUUGGUUUUUAAAAACUUUUGUUUUGCAGUCACUGUAUACUAGUCAAAUUUUCCAAUAUAUUUCUUCUCAUCUUACUUAGAAUAUUUGUUUUACACACUCUGCGCUGACUUGUACCAGUAAGUCAGUAACUACUACAAAAGAUGAAUUGAUUCCACACUGCCUUUGGAGUGUGUCUGUAUCCAGAUAAAGUCUUAACAGCUUUAAUUUAAGCUAAUAAAAACCAGGGACUUGUGCCGUGCAUUCUCCAAUAGUGCUUUUGCAUCAAUGACUUCCCUGUGAAAUGGUCACUUGCUAUGAACUUCUCUGUUUAUAGCUUUUUCCAAUGGAUUUGACCUUUGUAUUUGUACAGUGGCUCAGUGAAACAUGUUGCCAUGAGUUGAUAUUGUAACCAAUAAACAAGUGCUUUUAACCAGA